UUAGCUUUGAAGUGUCAGGAUGUUUCAGUGUAGUGGUGAUAUCAUGGUUAUAAGUGGUUAUUAGAUUGACACUAUUUACUGCAAGGUUCCCACUACACCAAGGCCACAGAUGAUUGUAGGCCCAAUGUGUUAGUCUUCCUCCAUCACUGGACCUACAUCCUUUCAAUCACAAGCCAGAAUGACACAAAAGCUGCCAGAGUGGUUGGACAAGACAUUCCUACAAGCUGCUCUUCAAGGAGGAGAAGAUAACGAACCCAAAGUGACAGUUAAUGAUUUUACUGCAGAACUAGCGGUGGCGGCCGGUAACAACUACACAAGCCAAAUCUUCAGGGUGGUCGUGAAAUACACAGCAAAUGGAUCAGAAGAUAAAUCCACAACUCUUAUUGUUAAGGCACCUCAUACUCAGUUGCAGGACAUGGGAGCAGAACUUGGACUAAGUGAAUGGUUCGACAAAGAACCGGUUAUAUACAACAUUAUUUUGCCAAAAAUGAAAGAAAAGAUAAAAGUUGACUUUGGUCCUAAAACAUAUUACAGUGCACAAAAAAGUGUGUUGGUAUUUCAGGAUCUGAAAGAAACAGGGCACAUCAUGUGUGAUAAAUUUAAACAAUUGGAUUACGCUCAUUGUGAGGUAGUGUUGAAAAGUUUAGCGAAAUUCCAUGCCGUUUCAGUGGCUCUUCACAGUGAAAAUCCUGAAGAAAUCGAAACACUCGGAAUAGAGCCCAUAUUUAGGGAAGGUAAUCCCAUGAAAGAAUUGAUGAAGUCACUUUUGGUGUUUGCGAUAGAAAUUGUAAAAGAAAGCUUGAAAAAUACAGAAAAUGGUGAACCUGCCUUACAGUUUUUGCUUGACAAGCAAGAAACACUGUACAAUUCCUUGAUAGAAAUUGUUAAACCCAAAAAAGAAGGUUUGAAUGUUAUGAACCAUGGAGAUUUGUGGAACAACAAUAUGAUGUUCAAACACUCAGAGUCAGGAGAAGUGGAGGAAGUAAAGUUCAUUGACUUUCAAGUAUUACGAUACAUGAGCCCGGCCAUCGACAUUCUGUACUUCACCUGGACCAGUGCGGACGAAGAAGUGCGGGAAAACAGACUACAAGAGUUGUACGACAUUUACCUACAAGAACUCAACGAAUGUCUACAACUACUAGGAUGUAAAGAGAGGUACACUUCUGAAGAGUUAUGGCAAGAUUUAAAGUCCUCGGUUGACUUUGCUCUUGUAGUUGCAUGUCAAACUUUGCCCAUGACACUUGCUGAAGAAAAGGAUGCUCUUGACAUGGCUGAAUUUGACAUGAAAGAGUUUGCAAACAUGAGUAACACUGGUGCUAUGGACCCGAAUUUACUAAGAUUAUACAAUGGAAAAAAUUUCAAAGCCAAAGUACCAAAAAUCAUCCAACAAAUUUACCAGACCUUACAUUAAACGUUGCUUUAAAGGUUAAUGUUCUAGCUCUUUGCACAGAUAUGUUGUUGAGAGGAAAUUAGUAUUAAAAAGACUACAUUUUUUUUAUAAACAGCAUCUUGACAACAUAAAACUAAUAAAAAAUAUUUGUUGUAAAUGUAAAUAAGUUGUAGAUAAUGAUAUCAUUAAUUAAUCAACCUUAAAAUUUGUCAAAUAUUUUAAAUUAAUGUGUUUUACUAACAAUUAUAUUGUGUUAUUAUUUUAUUCAAUGAUGACUCACAAGUAAAAAUAUGUAUAUAAAAUAAAGCUGAUCAUAUCAAGUACACACGAACAUUUAUUUUGCAACUAAAUAUGUAAU